AUGGAUCACCUCGAGUUACCCAGAAAUUCUAAGCACCCGCCGAUAUAUAUACCCCUAGUUGCACGUGAGAAUUAUGAUGGAGGGAACCUUGAGUCGUACCCGCAACGGGUGGGGUGGAGUGAUGCCGAUGUGACUGGAUCGAAUGGCUGUACGAAGUCAAAAGAUGAGCGUGCAUCAUUUAUCCAGACAUGGCUCUUCUUUGGCCUCCUCAGCAAAAUAUUCGGAGGGGAUUUUAAGCAAGACGACUGGAUCACCCAUACAGGCGCGGACCAUCCGGUAAUCAAAACACGAAAUAUUGAGGAUCACCUCAAGGAGUUGGAGCUGAAUUUCAAAGUCGGAACUACCUCCGACGAAGAUGGCAGCGUGUCCGAACCGGCUGCUAUCGAAUUAGAACAGACCAUCUUCGCGCUAUCCAUUGAAUUGGGAGCACAGCCCUAUCUACGUGCACCUCAUUGUACCCCGGAGAUAGAGAACGUUCUUUUCCAGACACACAACUGGAACUUGCGUAUUCUUCGGCAUAGUCUGUACAACUCCGACCUUGACCUUGUCUGUCUAUCAAUUGCUGCACUUGGAGAGAAAUUGUGUACACAUUUCGGUAUUUUAGACGAUUGCAUGUGGCUGAGAGGCUCCGACAACAAUCUCAUAUUCCAGCGAAUGCUCGACGACGGAUGGUGUCCGCUCGAGAUAAUUCGACUCCGUGAAGUAUUGAUUGUCAGCGAUCUCUACUAUAUUAGCAACAUGGAUCGUCCAGGGCCGACCAGAUGUCACCAAGAAUGUCGCGAGCACAUUCCCCUUGAGCGAGUCGAUGACCAAACAGUAUUUCCGAAGGACUCGUUGCAGUCAAUGAAAUGCACAGCAUACCACAUGGACUGGGAGAAUUACCGCACUCAACAUGUUGAGGGAUGUGAUGACUGUGGCGACCUCGUCGCUGAUGGCCAGCUCCUUGACAAUAUUCUUCAAGGUGGCUUUUUCCCUCUUCUUCUUCCAGCGGCUCACGCUAUAGACAGAAGUUUGGGCGGAACACCACCAGGGAAAGCGGCUAGCUCAAAAGUGCGUACCGGUGACCUCCGGAUCGUAUCUUCCGAGACUCACCGCAAGUACGUCUGCAUUUCACAUGUAUGGUCCGAUGGGCUUGGCAACCCUCACGCAAAUGCUUUCCCAACGUGUCAAUACGCCAGAGUAUCCGACAUGUUGAAAAAACUCUACCCUGGAGAAGAGGUACCAUUUUGGAUCGAUACAAUUUGUGUACCACGUGAGCCUAGACAACUUCGACGAAAAGCAAUUAUGCUCAUGCGCAAGACGUACCGGGAUGCUGACAGCGUCUUGGUUUUGGACUCUUAUCUUGCGAACGUGGACCUCGACAUGAUACCGAGGAGAGAAGCAUGGUUACGAUUCCUGAGCUGCGGCUGGAACAGACGGCUGUGGACAUUGCAAGAGAGCGCCAUGGCAAAGACAGUCUAUCUUCGAUUCUCAGAUGGAUUCCUCAAUCUGGACAAAUGUCUGACCUUCAAGCUACCAUCACGAGAUACUCUGAUGUUAUUGUGGCACGCGAUCCGAGGCGCAUGGAGGCGCUGGUCAGAAGAUUUACCAGAUUGGGAGGAAAGUCUCCUCAGCACUCUAUCAGACUCCGUGGCGUGGAGAUCCACGAGUAUUCUGGCGGAUGAGGCCAUAUGUCUGGGCAAUCUUACUGAUAUCGAAGAUUCAGUCAUGGAACAGAUUCUUCUUCUAGACUCCCACGAGGAGCGGAUGGUCAAAUUCUGGGAAGCUCAGAAAAAGAUAACUACAGAAGUCUUAUUCUGGGGAGGACCGAGACUGCCACAGUUCCCAAUGAGAUGGGCACCUUUGAGUUUCCUCGACGGCUACGAUACACCGUACAUGACAAGCCAGACAAACACUUUCGUUCCCGCCUUUCUAAAUGAAUGGGGGCUUAAAUUCAAAUUGCCCGGCAUGAUCCUGGGAUCUUGGCGGACGAAUUUGUGGACCUCGUCACUCCUUCGGACACAGAACAAGCGCUGGUACGCCAUGACGAAAUAUAACGACAAAGUCGCGAAAGUUAAUGAGGAAAACGCCCUCCUCGCUGUUAUAUUCCAGGAACCCGAUGAAUCUUUUCUGGAGGGCCUUCCCGUGGGAGCAGCCAUGCCUGGGGUUUUGGUUUCUCUCUCAGAGAAAAACUACGACGUAGAUUGUAUUUUUGCAAAGUACGAGAGCUUGGUUACAAUUGAAAAGGCAUCCCGUCACAGGGGAUGGAUUGAUCCUCUAGAGAAGAUGGUUUCACGGUUCAACGACUUCUACAGGCCGGAGUUGUCUGGGUCAAGCAUUGAGAUGGAUGGGACGAAACUCGGACACUAUAAUGAUAAUUCUACAACCGAGAGCGACAUUGCAGUCCACUGGCACGACGACCGGUUGUCGUUAGAUCUGGGCGAGAAGCAUCUAAUGUUUGAAGUAUCCGAGCUAUCCUCUGACCAAGACUGGUGCGUAGGUUAGUGGACACGUCGAAAUUUCAAAGGCAUCGCUACAAACCUUAAGUUCUAAGGGGUAAAUUUGAAACUACACUCAUACAACCUAUUGAGACAAUAUAGGC